GUCUGCGUGAAUGAACGUGGGAAGGCAGGACUCCCACCCUGCCGCUCCACCUGGACGGGCCUCCUCUCGCCCCUCCUCCCACACAGGGUGUCCUGUCCUCUGGAGCAUCUGCAUGCAGAAGCCUCUGGGGACGCAGUGUCCCUAUGGAUCAGAGCCCAGCAUGGCCGCACAGAGCUUGCUGCAGUGAGCACGCUCAGCCUGUCUUUUGUCCACGAGGGGGGGGGGCAGGACCCAACCAGGCUCAGUAGCCCGGAGGGAUAGCAUCCCCUCCAGGGGCUCCCUGACCCUCUCCUGGCUGCCCGAGCAGCUCUGGGCAGGGCUCCUGAGGUCUUUCCAGCAAGUGGUGCCCUGCAGAGCCCUCUUGUGCAAAGCCCCUCGAGCAGCUCCCUCACAGCGCCCCUCCCCCUCUGGCCACACCAGCCAGGGCUACCUGAUAGCCACGUCCAGGUUGGGUUACACAGGCACGGCAGCAGUGCCAUUGGCCACGAUGACCAAGGCGACAAGGCUGAGUGACCUGGUGAAAGCCUCCUCCGGCUGGACUCCCCCUUGGCCGGCUGUUCAGCACUGUGCCUGUUUUUAUAAUGAAAAAGGAAAUUAUUUCUGCUUUCAGUGAUGGCGGCUCCAGAAAUGGACGUGGAGGUGGAGGUGGAGCCAAGCCUCAGAGGCCCUGAGAUAGUCACCAUGGGGGAAAACGACCCACCGGCCACAGAGGCCCCCUUCUCCUUCCGCUCACUCUUUGGCCUUGAUGAUCUGAAAAUAAGUCCUGUCGUGCCAGAUGCAGACGCGGUGGCAGCCCAGAUCCUGUCUCUGCUGCCCUUGAAGUUUGUUCCAAUCAUCGUCGUGGGGAUCAUUGCGUUGAUCCUGGCGCUGGCCAUUGGUCUGGGCAUCCACUUCGACUGCUCUGGGAAGUACAGAUGCCGCUCUUCCUUUAAGUGUAUUGAACUGACAGCUCGAUGUGACGGGGUCUCUGACUGCAGAGAUGGGGAGGAUGAAUUUCGGUGUGUCCGGGUGAGCGGUCAGAACGCGGUGCUGCAGGUGUUCACAGCUGCUUCGUGGAGGACCAUGUGCUCCGACGACUGGAAAGGUCACUAUGCGAACGUCGCCUGUGCCCAGCUGGGGUUCCCCAGCUACGUGAGCUCAGACAGCCUCCGGGUGGACACUCUGGAGGAGCAGUUCCGGGGGCACUUUGUGUCCAUCAAUCACCUCUUGCCAGAUGACAAGGUGACCAUGCUACACCACUCGGUGUACGUGAGGGAGGGCUGUGCCUCGGGUCACGCAGUUACCUUGAAAUGCACAGUCUGUGGCCUGAGAACAGGAUACAGCCCACGCAUCGUGGGUGGAAACGUGUCCUCGCUGGCACAGUGGCCCUGGCAGGUCAGCCUUCAGUUCCAGGGGUACCACUUGUGUGGGGGCUCCAUCAUCACCCCCCUGUGGAUCGUCACUGCGGCACACUGUGUCUACGACCUAUACCUCCCCAAGUCAUGGACCAUCCAAGUGGGUCUAGUUUCUCUGCUGGACAGUCCAGAGCCCUCCCAUUUGGUGGAAAAGAUCAUCUACCACAGCAAGUACAAGCCAAAGAGGCUGGGCCACGACAUUGCUCUGAUGAAGCUGGCGGGGCCUCUCACCUUCAGUGAGAUGAUCCAACCAGUUUGUCUGCCCAACUCUGAGGAGAACUUUCCUGAUGGAAAAGUGUGCUGGACGUCCGGAUGGGGGGCCACGGAGGACGGAGGUGACGCGUCCCCUGUCCUGAACCAUGCAGCUGUCCCCUUGAUUUCCAACAAGCUCUGUAACCACAGGGAUGUCUACGGAGGCAUCAUCUCCCCUUCCAUGCUCUGUGCUGGCUACCUGAAAGGUGGUGUCGACAGCUGCCAGGGAGACAGUGGGGGGCCCCUGGUGUGCCAAGAGCGCAGGCUGUGGAAGCUGGUGGGUGCCACGAGCUUCGGCAUUGGCUGUGCCGAAGUGAACAAGCCCGGGGUUUACACCCGCAUCACCUCCUUCCUGGACUGGAUUCACGAGCAGAUGGAGAGGGACCUGCAGACUUGAAGACUGGGGGACAUGCUCCACCAGCGCUCUCGAGGGAGACGGCUCCAUCCUUCCCUGGACUCCUGUGUGGGUACAUUGGACUGAGCGGGUGCCUCCAGGGUUCUGCUCAAGGCAUGAGUAGCAGAGCCCCAGGGAGGUGCCUCCUGGCGCUCUUCCAAUGCCGCGGCCCGGGGCUCUGGGCUGAAGUGAACCUGGAGCUCCUUAUUGCCUCCCACCAGGCACAGAAGCAGGCUGUCCCCAGGCGCAGCCUUUCCCACCAGCCCAGGGCUCUUCUGUGCAGGGCCGUGCAGAGCACCAUGGCCACGUGGCCACACACGGGGACCCGGGGCCCUGGAAGCCAUCCCUGUAGAUGCAGCUCUUCCCAUGUGUCCUCACAGCCCGGUGCUUGGCUCCUCAUUGGCCUCUGGCUUCCUGAGAACCCUGCAUCUCGCUCUUGGCUGAGUGCCGACGGCCCUGUAGCUGGAGGUCCUGAGACCGCAGCCUCUUCUUUGAUCUCUUCUGUGCCUGUUGUGCAGUU